AUGUCCACCCCCUCCAACAUUUGCCAUCACCAGUCGGUCUUUCAUGGCCCCAAUUUCAAAAUAGUGAGCAGGCCAAACGGCUCUAAGAACAAGCCCAAGCCCACCUCCCUCUCAGUUGGCCAACCCAUUGAACUGUCUGUGAAACUUGUCACGAUCAACAUUGUUUUGGGUAGGGAUGUCAUGGAGAAAAUCCUUGACGUUGCUCGUCGUGACCAUGUUAGCCUCACCAUUCUCAAUGCCUCUGGCAUGAUAAAAAACGUAAUUGUUUGCAACCUACCACAAGGUGCCCCUACCUUGCUCAUUGGGCCCUUGACCUUGCUCUCCCUCAUUACCUUCUACUUAUACAACAACCAAUACACCCUUCACCUAGGAGCCACCCCUCCCCCUCCAUUUUCUUUCAGUAUCAAGCUUUGCACAUCUCAUGGACAAGUCUUCGAUGGACUUAUUGGUGGUAGCAUAAUUGUUGGUGACAAUGUCAGCCUCAUGCAAGAAAUAUAUGGCUUUGGGAUCGACCGCAUGUACCAUGGAAGGAAGGCAAUGGAUGGUUACACUUUGGUGUAUGAACCAGUGAAACUUUCCUGGUUUAAGAUUAUAGAGUGA